AUGCUGCAAGAGAUUCCUGACAUGCAACAAUCAAUGGUCUCAUACAAUGAGGCUAGGCAGAGGAUCAAUGAUCGCCGUCGCAGCCGAGGGUUUUGGCCCACUGGAAAAGGAAAAGGGCAAGGUGGGUUCAAAGAUGGCUCCCGGCCAUACCGCAAAGGUGUUGGAAAGUCUGGAAAAGAAGAGUUGUUGGCUCGCAUUGCAAAAACGCAUUGCAAGCUUUGCGGCGCCCUUGGUCAUUGGCGCGCAGAAUGCCCUCAGAGGAAAGAAGCCCGUGAAACUGCCAACGUUGCCUUCUCCAUGCCUUCCGAAGCAUCCGAUGCCGAAGAGGAGACCAGCCAUGCAGUGGUCUUUGAAGAGUUCAGUGAACAGGAGUGCACCCGUUGUGAAACAUGUUUCGUUGCCUCAUGCUACCGAAAACCAGUUUUCUGCGAGCAAAAUGUUGAAGACGUGAAAGCCUUUUGGGGUAAGAAACUGAAUAAGAUCAGAAGAUUUCGAAUGGGAAGCCGAGAUGGUGCCGUCACAAGGCCAAGCUGCAUCAACGGUGCCAAAUUCUUCCCAAUCGAUGCCUGCUGUGAUGAUGAAUGUCAGAGCUCCCAACAAUCAGCCUCCUCCAAUGCUAGUGAGACAGCCCAUGCCGCACGUGUCAAUGACACCAAGUGCCCGACCACCAGCUGCAAUGAUGGGAAGCCCAGGAUCGUCUUACGCAGCUUCCGAGAUUGGAAGCCAAUUGAUGGUGACUCAAGCAUCCCUCGAAAGCUGGGGAAACAAGAUCGUGGGCUAUUGGCAAAAAGUUACAUCAAGUGGAUCUUGGCCAGAGCCGACAACCUUUCCGAGGAUAUGGCGGAUUUCGCAAGCUAUGCCCGAGCUCGCAAUCAACUGGAGCAAUUGGCCAACAACCCGGUUCCAUGA